AUGGAGCAUACCUUUUUGACUAUACAUAAUUUACAUCCGGAUGCCAACAUCCUUUACGCCUCUGAUUCCAUCUUUGAAAUUCUUGGUUACUCCCCACAGGAGGUACUUGGCCGGUCUGCCUUUGAAUACUUUCACCCGGAGGAAAUUCCCUAUGCGCGAUCCGUCCAUAGUCGCGGCGUCUUGCUGGACAAGGCUGCCGUUCUGCACUAUGCACGUCUUCGCUCUCGUGACGGUCGCUGGGUGAGCAGCGAAUGCGUCUUCUCUAUUGUUCAUGAUAUUCUUUUUGCCUGUAUUAGUAUCUACCGAUGCGAUGCCAAAAGCGAGAGACGUGCCUUGGCUGCACCCCAGGUCCGAAGACUCUUCUCGCGUUCUCCUCGAGAUCCACGAUACCACAUGUUGGAACAUUUGUCUCCUAAGUUCAGGCUGCCACCUGUGGAGCGCGAGCCUCGUGCCGCCCUCAUCUUGAACCGAUUCACCAGAACAUUGACGGUGAUGUUUGCAACAGACGCUAUUGCAUCUAUUCUCGGGAUCCCUGCCAGUCAAGUCCAGCACAAGAGCUUCUACGAGUGCAUUCGAGAAAGCUGCCUCGAUGACGCUGUCAGAUGUCUCGAGAGUGCAAAGGCGAAUGACUCCAUUGCUUACUUGCGGUUCUGGUCCAGAGAUCCACGACGACCAGAAGACUUCGAAGACGAAGAAAGUGUCGCCGACGGAGAGUCGACAAUUGAUGCAGAGAAUGGUGACGUGGCCGCCGGGAGUGAGGAACCGUCUCAUUACUCCAGGAACAACCACACCAGCAGCCUAAACCCUGACCAGACCAGAUCUGGUGAAGGCUUGAUGGCCCCCAAUCGCCAACAACGCGCUGACAGCCGCCGAUCUAGUGAUUCCGAGGGAGGUGGUGUCAAGCUGGAUGGUGCUAUGGACCUUGACUCUCGUUCUAACUCGACUUCCAAUCAACGUUCUGGCCCUUCUACCAAGGUAGAGCCGGAUAUGGAAAUGCAGGACGGGGUUUUCUCUGCAGGGGAAACAUCGGGAGAAUCGCGUACUACAAGCUCCAAUGCCUUGGGGUCUACUUCCCGUAGCUCACAGGCUGGGGGAUAUCAAACCCCUCCUACUCCCCCAUCUCCACAGCCAGUCGGUGGUAACACCCCACGAGCGAGCAGGGAACGCAGUCGCCCAGCGCCACAGCUGGCACCUUCUGUUGAAUUGGAGGCCGUCGUGUCUUGCACUUCUGACGGCCUUGUCGUUAUCCUUCGUCGAGCACGACCUCAGAUUCCCGAUGCCCACAAUCCUCAAGUCCCUUCUACCAACGAUCGUGGCGUUUUCGCUGCCCCCUGGGCGCAACAGCCCUUCCAUGCACAGUAUUCGCACGAGACCUUCCACAAUUUCCAGGCCCCAUUGGCUCCGCAGCAUAUGCCACUGCGCAGCGGAAUUCAGGCUACUGGAGGCCCUCCCAUGGACCAGCUCAUGCAGUCCAUUAGAGACGUUGCUGUCUUUGCCUGGGCUCUUUGUGGUAUCAAUGGAAACAUAGCUUCAUACAGCCACGGCCAGCCAUCGGGAGAAGCUCAGCCUCCAGACGGUCUUCCCAUUUGGGAUCCCACUGGAGAAGAAAGUUCAUACGAGGGGCCGUAUAACCAAGCCGCUCAGCGAUGGGCUCGAGAGGCUCAACGACAGCAACCCUCGCUGCACCCACAGGAUUCGGUCUCUACCGACUUUUCCAUGGAAGACACAGCAGAUUACAGCUCGUACGGGGCGGGCUACCAGAAUCACACAAGCAAUGGUUAUGGAAAUCCAUGGCUUUCACAGCCAUCCGCCUACCAACAAAACCAGAAUGCGUUUGCGCACAACGGCCGUCAAGACCAUGGGGGCCAAACCGGCUACAACAACGAUCCCUCGUAUCAGCACCAAGAUGGACAGCAUUGGUCUGGAAAUUCUCGGCAGCCUGCUACUUCAGCUGAAGAAACUCGCGACCAUACCUAUAGAUGGUAUUGA